CUUCGUCUUCUUAAGUAGUUUGGCAGAAUCUUGUCUACAGUUUGAGGCGAGCAGUCCUAAGGAAUCGGAGCUGAAAGCAAGUAGACGAGAAGGCGUGAUCUCCUGCUUCCCUCUUCAGUUACUGGCCUUUGCCCUAGGGUCGCCCCUAGAUAGCCCACUAAUCUACCCGCUCAUCUUCUGUUGCUGACCGGGGAUCCCAGCAUGGAGGCACAGAAGGAAGCGCAACGUAUUAUGACCAUGUCUGUAUGGAAGAUGUAUCAUUCACGCAUGCAGCGCGGCGGCUUGAGGUUGCACCGGAGUCUUCAGCUAUCGCUUGUCAUGCGGAGCGCCAGGGAACUCUACCUCUCCGCCAAGGUAGAGACAGAGGAGACGGAGCUAUCCUUCGCGGCCGCGCCCCAGAACCUGCCCCAGCCCAUGACGGUAGUUGAAGCUGAUUCUCCACAAGUGACUGAAGAGGCGAUUCCUGCCCCAGAGCCCAUGGAAACGCAGGAAGCGAGGGAAACCGAGCCAGCGCCCGCCUGCAGCCACCUGCCUCCGGUAACCUCUGCCACUCUGCCUCAACGCUCAGUGAAAGCCAACCGCAAGCGGCGGAGCAGUACCUUGGGCCAGGGUAGGGAUGCUGGCCUGGUCCCCAGCAAGAAAGCUAGGUUGGAGGAAGAAACGGUGCCGGCUGAAGGGAAGCCUGAGGUCGAAGCUGGAGACUUGGGGAGGCGGCAGUUGCAGGUGGAGGAGGGCCCCUUCCCCAGUCUGGCCCGAGUCUUACAGAAGCGCUUCUCUGGCAUCCUGAGUAACACUGGGGGGCCGCCAAAACCCACUGCUCCUCCCUCCUGUGAACUCAAGCCAGGUUGCCGCCAAACAGACAGCAUGAUAAACAUCUUGGUGCGGACGGUGGUGGCUUUCUAACCUGAGCUUUGGACUUCGGACUGUACCCGUAGCUUUAGUUGGCCCGAGCUAAGUCGAGGCCGCUGUCCAGCCUUGAGCGACUGGGGCGGGGGUGGCCCUCAGUCUCUGGUCCGUCCACCUCCCGGAGAGGAAGAAGACUGAUCUCGUCUCCUGUAUUUCCCCAGGCACUGGUGACUGCUUUGGUGGCAGAAGGGGAGUGGUGGUGGUGGUGGUGGGGGGACGAGAGAGCAGCUGCUAAUCUGGAGAAUCUACUCCAUAAUGCUGCUAAAUAGAGGCGAGUCCGAGAGGAGAAUGUGGGACUCUUUCUGACCUCGGUAGUCGUCCUCCAGCUGAGGCUUAAAGAGAGACCUCGGCGUCAGACUGGAUGGAUUGUCGGUGAAGCCAACCAGCACGCAUCCUGACUUCAGAGACUCGUGGAGACCCUGGUGGUCUUCGCUUUUAAGAGAUCUGCCUCAGACCUUUCUAUUGAAAAAGAGGCAUAUAUGAUGGUGCUAUUGAUAUGAUUUGGUAUUUCCUUCUACCUAACUUAGUGCCUGUUCUUGACCGCCCAUUGGAGGUGGUGGUGGAGCAGCAAGUGCUGGGUGUGAGGGUGUUUGCUGGGGUGGGAGAUGAGGUGUGGGGGGAGGCUGGGUAGAAUUUCCUUUCUCAGGGUUUAAACUUUUUUAAUUGGGGGCGGUACUUCUGUCCCAUUAAAGCUUUUUAUAUAAAAUUCAUUGGUGUUUCAUGAGUAUCACUGGCUUCCUUUUUCCCCUUCCCCCUCCUAAAAUUCAGCCACCUCUACAAUGACACACUUGUUCAUAUGAUCAUACUGACAUCAUGGGCUCAGGGAACUUCCUGUUUGCUGUCUUAUGAACUCAGUGUGAGUUUUGGGUGAUGAGUUGGGAGGGAGUGCUCUUGUGAGGGUUGAGUGGCUGUUGGAGGAGUGAAGUGUGGGUGUGGAGUUUAUGGGUUUUAUGAGUCAUUUAACCUAGAAAGGGAAGUGAUUCCUUGUUAGAUUCCUCAUUAAUGAUGAUCCGGAAAUAGGGGCUUGAAAUUCCAUUCCCUUGUCUAUCUCAGAUACAGACUAGAUUGAUCAUCUAGUUCUGAGUCACUGGAUGAAGGUGGGGGAGAAAAGAGAGAGAAGUCCUAGAAAUUAUAUGCCUUGAAUGGAAAAGGAUGUUGUUACCAUCUCAAAAUUAUAAUUCCUUUGUAGGGUUGAAGUUUAUAAAACUAAGGAAAUUCAAAAUCAAAAGGUGGGUUUUUUAGGUCCUGAAGAGGCAUCAAAACACAUACUUGUUGGUUACUCCUAAUCCCCUGGUUUUACACCUGGGAAAACAGUCCCAAAGCAGCAAGUUUUGUAGUCAUGAGAGAUCUGGAUCUCCUGGUUUUUUCUGUUAAGCCAUUAAACUAUCUUCCUACAAACACAUUCUGUUACCCUUCUCUUUUCUUGAACAAGGUUUGCUUGCAUUUUUUUUU